CUUCUAGCAAGUCUUCCAACAAACUCUAAGGCUUACAUUGGUGUUUCUAUCACCAUUGUGCCGCACGUUGGUUAAGUGUUAAAAAUAACCACGUGACAGUUGGUAUCAAAGCCAAGGCUUAAACGGAAGUACCUUUGUGUUCUUGCUAGCAUAAUGUCGGCUGAAGAAGGACAUACUUCACUCGUUGAGCAGAUCAUUGAAGGGCCUGUUACUUGGGGAAGAAAAGAGCAACAUUCUCUUACUCGACGCUUGAAAUCAAAAGGUUCUGCAGUAAGGGAGCAUGUCGACACUCGCCUUACCAACCUUGAGCAAGGUAUAGAGGAUGUGCAGCUCGCGGUUGGUAGGCUGAGUGAUAAUUUUGAGGAAUUGGUGCAAGAAAAUGCCGAAAUCACCUCGGUUGCCAAGGAGAUGAUUGAGAACAUGGGACGAACAUUCCAGAAGGAGUUGAAAGAGCUUGCAUCCACGGUGACAACCUUAAAGGCAUUCGUGGAAGGUGAGUUACACGAUCUCCACACUAAAUCUAUCUCUUUAGAAACGAGAUUAGAUGCCCUUUGUGUAGAAUGUUGUUCCAAACAUGCUACUAGCUAUGCUCCCUCAACGAGCACACACCUCACUACGUCAGGCACUUCUAACAUCAAAGUGCCCAAACCCGACGUUUAUAAUGGCGUAAGAAAUGCCACCGUCGUGGAUAACUUCUUAUUCGGUCUCGAAAGAUACUUCGUCGCGUUAGGGGUGCACGAUGACGAGACAAGGAUAAACCAUGCCCCAAUCUUCCUAAGAGAUGCUGCACAAUUGUGGUGGCGUCGUAAGUACGCCGAUCAAGGCGAGAAUGCCCUCCACUCAUGGGAGCAGUUCAAGACUGAAUUGCGAAAACGCUUUGUCCCUCAUAAUGCCGAGACAGAAUCUCGAUGUAAACUCCGUCGCCUCCGACACCGGUAGUAUUCUUGAUUAUGUAAAAGAAUUCACUACCUUAAUGCUCGAGAUAGGCUAUCUACCCGAAAAGGAAGCCUUAUUUCAGUUCAAAGAUGGCUUGAAAGAUUGGGCAAAGAUCGAGCUGGACCGUCGUAAUGUCCAGACCCUUGACGACGCUAUUGCUGCGGCAGAGACGCUUGUCGAUUAUUCUACCCAAUCAAAGGGGAAGAAGCCUGAUCCAGAGAAACAUGGAGGGAAACCGGAUAAGACCAAGAACUUUGGUCGUAAGGACGAGGGAAAGGUGAAGACUUUCCAGUGGAGGAAUGGCAAGAAUGAUGGUGCACAUCGAGGUGAGUCCUCUAACCCUUCUGAACCCUGCUUUAUCUGUAAAGGACCGCAUUGGACUACGGAUCGUCCAAAUCGGAAGGCAUUAAAUGCCCUCGUUGCAAAAUUCCAAGUGGGUAAAGCAACGUAUAAAGUGGAACUACCUCAAAAGUUGAAGAUCCAUAACAUCUUCCACGUAAGUAUGUUAAAACCCUUUCACGAAGACCAAGAGGAUCUGAACAGAAGCGAAACCUCUCGAGCGCCAACCGGAGUAGUAACAGAGUUUGACAGGAAGAUUAAGGAGAUCCUAGCUGAGAGGAAAAUCAGAAGAAGAGGAGUUCCAAGCUACUCAGAAUAUCUGAUUCUGUGGGAAGGAUUGCCAGAGUCCGAAGCCAGCUGGGAACGUGAAGAUUUACUUUGGCAAUUCCAACAAGAAAUAGAGAAGUUCAAAGAGAACGCAACGGGGACGUUGCGAAAUCAAGUGGGGGAGGGUGUCACGCCCCAAAAAUAGACCCACAAUUUUUUUUGAAAUUAAGGCUCCUUAGCAUUGCCCAUGGGGAGCCAACCAAGUCCCACAAAGUCCAAAGACCUUAGGAAAUUAAGCAAAGACACGCAAGGGUCAUGACACAGCCGUUGGAGCCUACGGACGCAUGAGCGGCAGCCAAGCGCGCGCGGCCCUGGCAUGGCAUGGGCGAGCGCGCGCGACACAGGCAGGUGCGCGCGGCACAGCGCGCGCACGCACGGGGGACGGACAGAUGCGCGCGGCAUCCGCGCGCGCGACGGACAGUGCGCGCGCCCGGCGGCGCGCGCCUGGAAGACCCGAGACGCCCCUGGAAGACUCUGGAACUUUCGAUGACGGACGUUCGACACCGUGACGAGCGAGACGCGCGCGCGCCUCACGGACGUGACGGAGACCCGCGCGCGCGCUCCAGCACCGCCUGGCCGCAUCCAGAACCUUCUAUGUCGGUCAUGAACAGUGUCAUGUCGGUGGUUGACUGUCAUGAAAAACCCAGAAUUCUCUAGAAUGAUUUUGCCGACCUUUUAAGUCGGUUUUAAGGGCCAAAGUCGGUCAUGUACUACUAUAAAUACCCCUAAGGGGUCCCAUUUGUAAAGCAUCCAAGAAAUCCUCAAGCAUCCUUAAGUAAUACUCUUGCAUUCUCAAUUUUCUCAAUCUUUC